AUGACUAGCCUGAAGCGAUAUCAUGAGGAGGACCCUCUCGCUUCAAACAUAUCAAGCAAGGUCUAUGUUCGUUCAACGCGCAGCGGCAAGGUCCAAAAGAUUGUCAGAGAAGUCUAUCUGAGGACCGACAUUCCUUGUUCUUCCAACCUCUGCAGAGUGUGCCUGAAUGGCGCUCCUCGAAAUGCCGCCCAGCAAGCUCAACCUUUUGUCCUGUCGGAGAGACCGGCGGGGACGAAAGCCUUUCCCCAGGGACACUACCUGGUGCCCGAUACCAACGCUCUCCUCAAUGCCAUGGACCUUUUCGAGCAAAGCUCGUCGUUUUACGAUGUCGUCAUCCUGCAGACUGUCUUGGAAGAGCUCCGGAAUCGAUCCUUGCCAUUAUACAAUCGCCUGAUUGGGCUCACCAAAAGCGAGGAUAAACGGUUCUACGUCUUCUUCAAUGAUUUCAGGCUGGAAACCCAUGUCGCUCGAGAGCCGCAUGAGAGCGUCAACGACAGAAACGACAGAGCUGUUCGCCAGGCCGUCAAAUGGUACGGGGAGCACCUCAGCCGAACCAAAUCCGCAAACAUCCCAGCCAUCGUGAUGCUGAGUGACGAUCAGGACAACCUGCGGAAAGCCCGGGAACAGGGGCUCAAUGCUGUGUCCCUGAGAGGUUACGUGGAAAGCUUGGAGGGGGGAGACAAGCUUCUCGACAUGGUGGCAGAGUCGCAGAGCAAAGGAGGGUUCAGCAAAACCUCACCCAUUCUCUACCCCGAGUACUACAGCCUGUCAAAGAUGAUGACGGGCGUCAAGGCUGGCUUGAUGCAUCAAGGAAUAUUCAAUGUCUCGCCGUACAACUAUUUGGAAGGAUCGAUCAAGGUACCGGCAUUUCCCAAGCCCUUGCUCAUCCUAGGACGAGAGAGCAUCAACAGAGCUGUCGAUGGAGACGUCGUGGUUGUGCAACUUCUUCCUCAAGACAAGUGGAAGGAACCGUCAACCAAGAUCAUCGAGGAGGACAACAUCACCAAGAACGAGAAUGCGGAUGCCGAGCAUCGGGAUGAUGCUGUUUCGGACAAGGAAAGAAGAGCGUUGCAAGAGCAAGCCAAGAGAAGCCAUAAAGCGUCCUCCGAAAGCCAGCCGCAGCCAACCGCCACUGUGGUUGGUGUCAUCAAGCGCAAUUGGCGUCAGUACGUCGGUCAUAUCGAUCCGUCAUCCGCCAGCAAGUCGGCAUCCUCGCAGGGGAGGAAGCAGGAAAGCGUCUUCGUCAUCCCCAUGGAUAAGAAGAUCCCCAAGAUCAGGCUGCGGACUCGACAGGUCGCCGACUUGCUGGGCAAGAGGCUUUUGGUGACGAUUGAUGCCUGGGACAGAGAUUCCAGGCAUCCGGUCGGUCAUUUCGUCCGCUCCCUAGGCGAGCUGGAGACCAAGGCGGCGGAAACCGAGGCCCUUUUGCUGGAGUGGGACGUGCAGUACCGGCCUUUCCCCAAGACCGUCCUGGACUGCCUACCCAAGGAGGGCCACGGCUGGAAAGUUCCCGAAAGCACAGAUGAUGCCGGCUGGAGAGACAGGGAAGAUCUUCGCGGGCUUCUCAUCUGCAGCAUCGACCCGCCCGGCUGCCAGGACAUUGACGAUGCUCUUCACGCGCGGAAACUGGCCAACGGGAAUUUCCAGGUCGGCGUCCACAUUGCCGACGUGUCACACUUUGUCAAACCCGCCAACGCCAUGGACGCCGAGGCGAGCAUCCGCGGCACCACCGUCUAUCUGGUCGACAAGCGCAUCGACAUGCUGCCCAUGCUGCUGGGCACCGACCUGUGCUCGCUGAAGCCGUACGUGGAGCGGUUCGCGUUUUCCGUCCUGUGGGAGCUCGACUCCAACGCCGACAUUGUCAACGUGCGCUUCACCAAGUCCGUCAUCAAGUCCCGCGAGGCGUUCAGCUACGAGCAGGCACAGCUGAGAAUCGACGAUGCGUCGCAGCAAGACGAGCUCACGGACGGCAUGCGCAUGCUGCUGAUGCUGUCCAAGAGACUCAAGAAGAAGCGCAUGGACGCCGGAGCCCUCAGCCUGUCGUCUCCCGAGGUCAAGGUUCAGAUGGAGAGCGAGACGUCGGAUCCCAUCGACGUCAAGACGAAGCAGCUGCUCGACACCAACUCCCUGGUCGAAGAGUUCAUGCUGCUGGCCAACAUCAGCGUGGCCGCCAAGAUCUACGAGGCGUUCCCCCAAACCGCCAUCCUGCGCCGCCACGGCGCGCCGCCCAAGACCAACUUUGACGAGCUCGCCGACCAGCUGCGCGUCAAGCGGGGCCUGGAGCUCCGGACGGACAGCUCCAAGGCCCUGGCCGACUCGCUCGACGCGUGCGUGGACGAGCGGGAGCCCUUCUUCAACACCCUGGUCCGCAUCAUGGCCACGCGGUGCAUGAUGUCGGCCGAGUACUUUUGCUCCGGGACCCAGGCCUACCCGGAGUUCCGGCACUACGGCCUCGCGUCCGAAAUCUACACGCACUUCACGUCGCCCAUCCGCCGCUACGCGGACCUGCUGGCGCACCGGCAGCUGGCGGCCGCCAUCGGCUACGAGGCGGUGCACCCGUCGGUCCGCAGCAGGGGCCGCCUCGGGGCCGUCUGCAAGAACAUCAACGUGCGCCACCGGAACGCCCAGAUGGCCGGCCGGGCCAGCAUAGCCUACUACGUCGGGCAGGCGCUCAGGGGCAAGGUCGCCGAGGAGGACGCCUUCGUCAUGAAGAUCUUCAGCAACGGCUUCGUCGUGCUCGUCCCACGCUUCGGCAUAGAGGGCCUGAUCCGGCUGCGGGACCUGGCGGAGCCCGAGCCGCAGGGCGAGUUUGACGCCGAGACGUACACCCUCGUCACCAAGGGCUCCAGGAACCUCACCGUUGAGCUAUUCCAAAAGGUCCGCGUCAGGGUGACGGACGACAAGGAUGAGAGGACGGGCAAGAGAGGCGUCAAGAUGGAGCUGGUGAGCGCGUGA